AUGCUCACUUUUUCGCUCCUAUUACUCUGCUGCGGCCUCCUGGCCUCGGCGCAAGAGAAACACGCUGGUACCUCCGUCGUGCACCACAAGAGGGAGACGGGAACCUGCGAACAGACCUAUGGGGAAGGCUCGCAGCCGUGCGGCGGCGGCGGCGGAAGCACCUAUUGCUUCAACCCCAAAAUCGGCCAGGUAGAAAAGAACUCGUGUAUUGUCCAUGGAAAACAAAUGCUAACUCAGAAUAGUCGUGCUGCGCAGCAGACAACGGAUUUUGCGACUCGGGAAAGUAUUGCGCGCCUGUCGCAGGUUAUUGCUGUCUUGAGGGAGAGGAUUUAG